GUUGACCGUCCUCUUGCGCAGUGUGAAGUUGCCGGUGUUAAAUAAUUCUCAUCUUUACACAUGAGAAACACAAUGGAGCAGCAGUAGCACACAUUUUGUACGUAACCCGCAGAAGGUGCUAACAACCUGGGUUAAAGCGACUCGUAACGAUGUCAGCUAACCGGUGUUUGCACUUGUUUUCUCGGCUUCAGCGCCACAUUAUCCCACGGGCUGCCCGCUGUCAUGCGUCUUCUGGGUCUGUUUUGUUGCACAGACAACACCAGGAUGGCUCUGUGGUUUGCAGCAGAAAAGUUUCAUCAGACAGCUUUUCUUCAAAACCGCCAGACACCUCUCUGUUUGUCCCUGUCUCUCUGAAGGCUGACACCUCGGAAGAUGGGGGUGUGGGGGUGGAGCUGACACAGCCCCUCGAUAGAACUGAACUGCUGAAAGUUCUGAACCGGUUUUAUAAGAAGAAGGAAAUGCAGAAGCUGGCUGCAGACAAUGGCCUUGAUGCUCGUCUGUUCCACCAGGCCUUCAUAAGCUUCAGGAAGUAUGUUCUGGAAAUGCUGUCCCUUCCCGCCGAUCUGCACAUCAUUCUCAGUGACAUCUGCUCUGGAGCAGGUCAUGUAGAUGACAUCUAUCCAUACUUUAUGCGUCAUGCCAAGCAAAUCUUUCCUAUGCUGGACUGUAUGGACGACCUGAGGAAGAUCUCAGACCUCAGAGUUCCUGCCAACUGGUACCCUGAUGCUCGUGCCAUCCAGAGGAAAGUGAUUUUCCAUGCUGGUCCCACUAACAGCGGUAAAACCUACCAGGCCAUCCAGCGCUACCUGACUGCAAAGUCUGGAGUUUACUGCGGCCCCCUGAAACUACUGGCCCACGAGAUCUUUGAAAAGAGCAACAAUGAAGGUGUGCCUUGUGACCUGGUCACUGGAGAGGAAAGGAUCUUCAUGGACACAGAUGGUCGAGCAUCUGCUCACGUAGCCUGUACCAUUGAGAUGUGCAGUGUCACCACACCUUAUGAGGUUGCUGUAAUUGAUGAAAUUCAGAUGAUCAGAGAUCGUUCCAGAGGCUGGGCCUGGACCAGAGCACUGCUGGGUCUCUGUGCAGAAGAGAUCCAUGUGUGUGGGGAACCUGCAGCCAUAAACUUUAUCAGAGAGCUGAUGUUCACCACUGGAGAGGAGGUGGAGGUCAACACCUACAAUCGUUUAACUCCAUUCGAAAUCUUGGAUCAUGCUGUGGAGUCAUUAGACAACUUGAGUCCAGGAGACUGCAUUGUCUGCUUCAGUAAAAAUGACAUCUACUCCAUAAGCAGACAGAUUGAGGCCAGAGGACUGGAGUGUGCUGUCAUUUAUGGGAGCUUGCCUCCAGGCACCAAGCUGUCACAGGCCAGGAAGUUCAAUGACCCUGAUGACCCCUGCAAGAUACUGGUUGCUACAGAUGCUAUUGGCAUGGGCCUUAACCUGAGUAUAAAACGUAUCAUCUUCAACAGUCUAAUAAAGCCUAAUGUGAACGAGAAAGGGGAGAAACAGAUGGACACCAUCAGCACGUCUCAGGCCCUGCAGAUAUCUGGACGCGCAGGGAGAUACUCCUCCAAGUUUAAAGAGGGACAAGUUACCACCAUGCACAGAGACGACCUGCCUGUUCUGAAAGAAAUACUCAGCCAAGCUGUAGAGCCUAUAGAGACUGCAGGUCUGCAUCCUACAGCAGAGCAGAUAGAAAUGUUUGCGUAUCAUCUGCCUGAUGCUUCCCUGUCCAACCUCGUCGACAUUUUUGUCAGCCUGUCUCAGGUGGGCGGGAUGUAUUUUGUCUGCAACAUUGACGACUUCAAGUUCCUGGCUGAUAUGAUUCAGCACAUCCCACUAAACCUGAGGUCCCGCUACGUCUUCUGCACUGCUCCCAUCAACAAGAAACAACCUUUUGUUUGCACCUCCUUCCUAAAGUUUGCCCGUCAGUUCAGUCGGGACGAGCCGCUGACGUACAACUGGGUCUGUCGUCACGUCAGCUGGCCUCUGUCUCCACCCAAAAACAUAAAAGACCUCAUUCACCUGGAAGCUGUUCACGAUGUUUUCGAUCUGUACCUCUGGUUAAGCUACCGUUUCAUGGACAUGUUUCCAGACACAGCAAUGGUUCGGGAAUCCCAGCAGGAGCUUGAUGACAUCAUUCAACAGGGCGUCCGAAACAUCACCCGUCUCAUCCGAGCCACCGACUCCACCAUCACUGCCUCCCCGCAGACAACGGGCGGCAGGCGGGGACAAACAGGCGCUAGUAGUGGAAGUGCCAGCGCUGGUAAUGUGACCAAUAAAAGAGCUGAAAGGGGACAAAGAGGCUCUGGGGAAGAAGUGAUUGACAGCUCUCUGGCUAGUCGUCUGGUGAGAGACGGGCUGUUGACUCCUGAUUUGCUCCGGCAGCUGCAGAGGGAGUGGUCAAAAAAAACAAAACAGGAAUUCCCAAAUCGCAGCGCACUCAAUACAGAUCACAUUGAUAACAGCAGGGGGAAAACUAAGAGGAAGAAGUAGGGAAGAAAACAGACGUGACCCUUGCUGCUCCUAUGGAGAGGGAUAAUUGAUACGAGCCUUGGAUUAUAUCUGGAGUAUCAUUAAAAGCUAUAAAGCAUCAAAAUGUAGCUUGAACACAAGAGCGGUGUUCAAUCAUAGUAAGUUGGUCUGGACACCAGAAUAAUGGGUCAUUAAAGGUUUUUCUGACAUUUAUUGAGCUAAACGCUUUCAUUGUAUCUCCCUUUUCACUGAGAGAUUGAAAUACAUCACAGUGGAAGCUAAUUUAAAACUGUCUAAUUGCCCAACAAGAAACUUAACCUGCCACAUUUUAUUAUUUGGAUUUUGCGCAGAAGAAAUGUACCCGUUGUGAGAUGUCAUGUCCUUCCUGAGCUGUUGGCCAUCAACUAGAGAACUGACAACAUUGUUUACCACAAUGUUUUAAUGGAGAGUCACUUGGUGUCGUAAUGCUCUUUGAAAAGCAUUACGACAUUUGAAUAUGCACUGUGUGUGUUUGUGUGUGUGUUAUGCAGGUCUGCAAAUAGUUACUUUUGAUUUCAUUCUGUAUACUCAAAUGUUAACCCUCGGAACGGAGUGAGUAUGUAUGCAACCAAAUCGAGCGGUGAAACUAAUCUGAAAUAUAUCGCUGUCCCUGUAAAUAAUUUGAACCAACUGUAUUGAGUGCAGCCCUGUAAGUAUAUACAGAUAAAAUGCCAUAUUUUUUCUUGUUGGUAUAUUUAAGAUGAAAACAUUAGCCAAUUAAAAAUGUACUAUGUUUUAA